UCCUCUUUCAAACAACAAGAUCUAACGGUUGAGAUUUCAGUCUUCCUUUGACCCUUACAACAAGCUCGAUUUUCGAACCACUAUAUAACCACUUCACCCUUCUCUCUCGCAUCACAUCCCAUCCCAUUUCUUCUUCUUCUUCUUCUUUGCCUCCUUUGAGUUUUUCUCUGAUCUCUCUCUGUAACAAACACAAUACAACACAACAAUGUCCGCUGAAAAAGAGAGAGAGACCCAAGUUUACUUGGCCAAGCUUUCUGAACAAGCUGAAAGAUAUGAAGAAAUGGUUGAAUGCAUGAAGAAAGUGGCAAAACUUGAUGUUGAACUAACUGUGGAAGAGAGGAACCUCCUCUCAGUUGGAUAUAAAAACGUCAUUGGUGCACGAAGAGCUUCAUGGCGCAUUAUGUCCUCAAUUGAGCAGAAAGAGGAGUCUAAGGGUAAUGAACACAAUGUUAAAAUGAUCAAGAGUUACUGCCAAAAGGUUGAGGAGGAACUCUCCAAAAUCUGUGGUGACAUUCUGACAAUUAUUGACCAGCAUCUGGUUCCUGCUUCCACCUCGGCAGAAGCUAAUGUUUUCUAUCAUAAGAUGAAAGGUGAUUAUUUCCGGUAUCUUGCUGAGUUCAAGACUGACCAAGAAAGAAAAGAGGCUGCUGAGCAGUCACUGAAAGGAUACGAGGCUGCUUCCGCCACUGCAAACACUGAUCUUCCAUCAACACAUCCAAUCCGUCUUGGACUUGCACUCAACUUCUCUGUCUUUUAUUAUGAGAUUAUGAACUCUCCUGAAAGGGCCUGCCAUUUGGCCAAACAAGCUUUUGAUGAGGCGAUUGCAGAGUUGGAUACCUUGAGUGAAGAGUCAUACAAGGACAGCACUUUGAUCAUGCAGUUGUUAAGAGACAACCUGACUCUCUGGACCUCUGAUUUACCAGAGGAUGGAGGUGAGGAGACCAUAAAAGCUGAAGAAGCCAAACCUGCUGAGGCUGAGCAUUGAUAAUAUUUCAUUGGAUCUCUGGCCCCAAUUCGGUAGUGAUGUAUCUAAGAUACUCAGUGAAGAGGGGAUUUUUAAGCUUUUCUUGCUAUGGAUUUGGACUAGACAAGGUGGAAUUUGGCCACUUCAUAGCUCUCGUACCCUUAGUUAUCCAACCGAAGCCGGAAGAUCUGCACCUGCCUUUGUGUUGUUUUUUUUUUUUACCUUCAAACUUAUUUAUUUCUAUUGCCGUAUCUGUUUUUAAGUAAAGUGAUCAGUUGUAGCAAUGAACAAUUCAUAUUGACCUUUUAAAUUUUUCUGCAUUCAUCAAGUAUGAAUUGGUUCUUCUGAUUAAAA